UUUUUUUUUACAUAUUUAUUCUAUUAUAAUGUCACUUUUCCGCAACAUAUUCUUUUUGUUGCUAAUUGUCAAUGCCGGGUUUUUAGGUUAUGACUUUUAUAAAGGCGGUCAUAUUGGAGAAAAUUUGGUGGAUCAUGCUCGUCAUUUGAAUGUGGAAACAGUACAACAUCAUUUCAAUCAAAUGGUACGUGAUAUCAAGGCAACCACUCCUGAAAGUAUUGCUGAAAAGGUGAACUAUGCAUUUGCUCAACUCAAGGAAUUCAAUACUAUCGAUGAUGUCUUGGCUUAUGUUCGUGAAAAGACAGCAAAAAGUAGUAGUAGUGGUGGUGUGAUUAUGGAUGGUAAUGUUCAUGUAUUGACACAAGAUAAUUUCAAAACAGUGAUGGACGGUAGUCGUCCUGCUUUGGUUGAAUUUUAUGCUCCUUGGUGUGGUCACUGUAAGAAUUUGGCUCCUGUCUAUGCGGAAUUGGGUGAUGCAUUUGCUCAUAGUGAUGAAGUGGUGAUUGCCAAGGUGGAUGCUGAUGAACAUCGUGAUUUGGGUGCUGCGUUUGGUGUGCAAGGCUUUCCUACAUUGAAAUGGUUCCCCAAGGGUGUCACUACAAAGGAUGGCGUGGAAGACUACAAGGGUGGCCGUGAUUUGGACUCUCUUUCCAAGUUUGUCAGGGACCAUUCUGGGAUCCGGCCCCGUAUCCGUUCUACCAAAUCUGAUGUGGUGGUAUUGACAAGUGCUAAUUUCCAUCAAGUGGUGGAUGAUGCCAAGACAGGUACCCUGGUUGAAUUCUAUGCUAGCUGGUGUGGUCACUGCAAGAACUUGGCCCCUAUCUAUGAAAAAGUCGCUUCUGCUUUUGCCAAUGAACCUUCAUGUAAUGUUGCCAAGAUUGAUGCUGAUAUUGAACGUACCAUUGGAACUGAAUAUGAUAUCUCUGGAUUCCCUACUAUCAAGUUCUUCCCUGCCAAUGGUGCUGAUCCUAUUCCUUAUGAAGGCAGUCGCAAUGAAGCUGGUUUCAUUGACUUCUUGAAUCAACAUUGUAACACGCGUCGUGUUGUCGGUGGUGGUCUGGACGCCGUUGCUGGUCGUAUCUCUUCUUUGGAUCGUUUGGCUCGUGACUUUGUGCAAUCCACAGCAGCUGAUGUCAAGAAGGAAAUCCAUACCAAGGCCAAUGAAGUCGCUUCUACUUUGGAAAAUAAUCGUUAUGCCAAGUACUAUGGUAAACUCAUGGAAAAGAUCAUUGAUGGUGGAGAUGCUUUUAUUCAAAAGGAAAAGACUCGUUUGGACAAGAUCAUCAAGUCAAAUACCGUCACUCCUGCCAAAUUGGACGAUUUUACCAUUCGUAAGAACAUCCUGACUGCCUUUGAUCGUGAUGCUGAACCUAUCAACGAAUGAACUAGUUUUUUUUUUUUUAGUUUAGUUUAGUUUUAUUGUAUAUAGCUUAGGAUGCUUCUUUUUUAUUUGAAUAAAAAUUUAUACGUUGUAUCUUUAUCAUACACACGCAUCUCCAUACAUAUAUAUAUAUAAAAACAAAUAAUAGUAACACCACCUAAAUAGGAUCCUUUAUUCUGAUGGGAUA